UUUAAUUUAUAUUUUUAAGCCCUGCUGCCAGGAAGGGGACUGAAAUUAAAAGCGCUCUAAAUCCAUGGAACUGUCAUGACACUACCAUUUGAAAGUUUGGUUUCACGUUUGCGUUGAACUUUUUUGCACCAAACAGGAGUGAAUGUGAAGUCUGUUCCUGUGCCAUCGCCCUUUUAUUUCAUGCUUCAAAAUGUCCUUCGUUUCCUUUUCUUUCUUUGUCACAGAUCCCAUACAUAAUGCAUUCAUGCCUCAACGUUCUACGCAGCCCAUGCCUGGGAUUUUCCGGGAAAACAAGGAGACAAGAUACUCUGGUAACCUUUGAAGCUACGAUGCAAACUAUAAUGGAGCUCAAAGAAGAAAACAUGAAUUUUAGAGUUUUGGUAAAGAACUGAGAGGAAUUAAGAUUUUAUUGACAGGAGGAGGAAGAUUGACUGGGAAAAUUUUGAAAAUGCAGCAGGAAGAUUUCUUGAGCAUAAGCAGAGAUGAAAGCUAGAAACAAUCAUAUCUUGGGAUGGAAGCAAAUUUAUAUUGCACUUAUUGUGCUAAUUUUGAUGGCCAUGCUCCUACGGCAUUCAAGAAAAGGUUCCUCCGUAUCUACUAUGUCAUCAUCUCAAGAUCUGUUUGCAGAGUCUUCUCUGUCAGCUGAAGAUCAGCUUGCAGAAUCUUCUCCAUCACGUGAAGAUCAGUUCAUUGAGCCUUCUUCAUCAGCUGAAGAUCACUUUACAGACCCUUCUCAAUCAGCUCAAGAUGCUCUUCCGGUUGCCCCAAAUAAUGUAUCAGUGUCCAUGAACCCAGAGGGGACUUUUGAGGAGACGAAUUCUCAUGCAACUAUGACAGAAGAAACAGAGAAUAAAGAACUGAAUUUUGAUCCUCCACCAAUGAAUUCGACAAUGUCAUAUCCAUCUCGGAAUGAUAAGAGCGAUAUGGAGAACACAUACUCACCCAAGACUCAAGUCUGUAAUUAUGCACAGGGUAGAUGGGUUGCAGACAGCCAGCGCCCAUUCUAUUCUGGGUUAGGAUGUAAACGGUGGUUACCAAGUCCCUGGGCCUGUAGGCUGACUCAACGAGCAGAUUUUUCGUAUGAGGGAUACCGCUGGCAGCCAAUAAAUUGUGACUUGCCAGACUAUGAGCGGUUUGCAUUCUUAAGAAAAAUGCAGGACAAAACAAUUGCAUUUAUAGGUGAUUCAUUGGGGAGGCAGCAAUUCCACUCUUUAAUGUGUAUGGCCACUGGUGGGGAAGAGAGCCCUGAAGUGAAAGAUGUUGCAACUGAAUAUGGUCUUGUCAAGCGUUCAGGAGCCAUGCGUCCUGAUGGAUGGGCUUACAGGUUCCCAACUACUAAUACCACCAUUUUAUUUUACUGGUCUUCAACGCUCUGCAGAUUAGAGCGCAUCAAUAACACAGACCCAGAUUCAAGUUUUGCCUUGCAUUUGGAUCGUGUGCCAACUUUCUUGAGGAAAUUCCUACACCGUUUUAAUGUAUUGGUUCUGAAUACAGCACACCACUGGAUUAAAGCAAAAUUUAUAGCAAAUCGUUGGGUAAUGUACCUAAAUGGGAAGCCCAUAAAAAAUGGGAUGCUUAUGGAUAUGAUGAACGUGAAGAAUUUUACAGUUCAUAGGAUGGUGAAGUGGCUUGAUUCACAACUUCCCUUGCAUCCGGGCCUAAAAGCUUUCUUUAGGACCAGGUCACCAAGGCAUUUGGAUAACAAGGGGAACUGCAAUAAUACUACUCCAUUGACUGGAGGGAGUGAAGUCAUUCAAGAAGGAUCAAGUGAUAAAAUUGUUGAGACUGCUGUGAAGGGUACAAAGGUUAAUAUUCUGGAUAUAACAGCUCUUUCUGCACUGAGAGAUGAGGCUCACAAAUCCCAAUACCGCAUUUUUGGUACCUCAGCUUACUAUGAUUGUUUGCAUUGGUGCUUGCCCGGCAUUCCAGAUACAUGGAAUGAGCUCCUUGUAGCUCAAUUAUAAGAUUGGCUAUGCUAUCGAUCGGUUGAAGAG